GCUCGUACCUCUCGUACCCCGGGCGGAAGAAAAAAAAAAAAAAGCUGCCGUCGUAUACUUCGUAUACGCGCGUUUUCGCUGCAAGCAGAAGGUGAAGUAGUCUACUCACUCAUGUGCCGCUACAGUACACACACAAACGCAGAUGGGCCGACACAAUAAACACAUCCGGCAUUAGGCUUAUAUUCUUUUCUGCUGUGAUUUGUUUGUUCUCUUGUUCUCGGGUUCUUCUUCCUGUUGUUUUUGUAUUGGUGUUUUCUUUUGCACGUUUAGUAUCCCUCCGGCAGGUCGUUCUCUUUCGUGUCUGUAACUAGCAAGAAUGGAAGCGCUCAAAGUGGAUGCGAAAGAUACCUUCGAAGCGGUAUCCAACUCGACCAGCACGCUGGGCGAGAAGACGGGGCUGAUGUCUGGGCUGGGGUCGAUGUCGUGGCUGCAAAUCGGGAUCUCGCUGCUGGUGGUUGCAAUCUCAUACGACCAGAUUUCGUACCAGCUGAACAAGGGCUCGAUUGCGGGCCCGAGAUUCAAGAUGUGGCCGUUCAUCGGGCCGUUCUUGGAGAGCUUGGACCCGAAGUUCGAGGAGUACGUGGCGAAGUGGAACUCGGGCCCGUUGUCCUGCGUGUCGAUCUUCCACAAGUUUGUGGUGAUUGCUUCCGACACCACGCUUGCCAGAAAGAUCUUCCAGUCUCCGUCGUUCGUCAAGCCCUGCGUUGUGGACGUGGCUGUGAAAAUCUUGAGACCCACCAACUGGGUCUUCCUCGACGGCAAGGCGCACGUCGACUACAGAAAGGGCUUGAACCCUCUCUUCACCAAGAAAGCGUUGGAGGAUUACAUUCCCGAGCAAGAGAAGGUGAUGGACAAGUACUUGGAGCGGUUUGUCGAGGUCAGCGACAAGGGCCCGCAGAUCUUCUUCCACGAGUUCAGAGAGUACAUGUGUGCCAUCUCCUUGAGAACCUUCUGCGGCGACUAUAUCACCAAGGAGCAGAUCCAGCUGAUUGCCGACAACUACUACAAGGUCACCGCGGCCCUUGAGUUGGUCAACUUCCCCAUCAUCAUCCCCUUCACCAAGACCUGGUACGGCAAAGUCAUUGCCGACAAGUCGAUGAAGAUCUUCGAGGCCUGUGCGCAGCUGUCCAAGGACGCCAUCUUGAAAGGCAAGAAGCCCAACUGUGUCAUGGACGCGUGGAUUCUCUCCAUGUACGAAUCCCGCGGGGAUAUUGUCAACGAGAACUCCGACUCCAAGACCAAGGUCAGAUUGUUCAGCAACAGAGAGAUCUCCGAGGCCGUGUUCACCUUCUUGUUUGCCUCCCAGGACGCCUCCUCGUCCCUCUGCUGCUGGCUAUUCCAGAUUGUCGCCGACAGACCCGAGGUGGCCCAGAAGAUCAGAGAGGAGCAGCUUAGAAUCAGAAACGGCGACCCCAACGUCAAGCUAACCCCGGAGUUGAUCGACAAGAUGGAGUACACCAACAUGGUUGUCCGUGAAACCUUGCGUAUAAGACCCCCCGUCAUCAUGGUUCCCUAUGUCGCCAAGAAGGCCUACCCGGUCACCGACAGCUACACCGUUCCUAAGGGCGCCAUGAUCAUCCCCUCCGUGUAUCCCUCCCUGCAUGACCCAGAGGUCUACGAGAACCCGGAGGAGUUCAUCCCUGAGAGAUGGCUGCCCGGCGCAAAGGCCUGGGAGGGGAAGAAAAACUGGUUGGUUUUCGGCACAGGCACCCACGUCUGUCUCGGACAGAUCUACGUCAUGAUGAGUUUCACUGCGCUUAUCGGCAAGGCUUGCAUGUUCACCGACUUCAAGCACACCGUCACCCCGCUCAGUGAACAGGUUAAAGUCUUCGCCACCAUCUUCCCCAUGGACGACCUCAUCUUGGAGUUCCGCAAGAGGGACCCUACCACUGUUGUGUAACGCUGUCUGUAAUAAUGAAUCUGUCGCAAGGCGACAGCUCCCGCAGCUUAUGUAAGCAGAACAUAUCUCUUUCACCCCGCCGAGCCGAUUUUGAUCCCACUCGUUCACCAGAAACCGGCAAAGCCAAUGGCGAAAGCUAAAAAAGUCAUCGGAUCCCGGAUUGCGCGUGUACACGUGACUUUUCAGGCGUCGGGGUUCAAUACUGUGGCGUUUCCCGGGAUUGCCUGCCCUUUUUUUUUUCAGACUGGUCUCUCUCCGCCGU